UUGAGCGUCAUAGACGCGCCAAAAAAGAACUCCGAAGGAACUCGGAGUUUAGCUUGCGGAGUUGUGCUCGGUUUUACCCGCUCCCCUUCUCGCGUUCCGGUGCGCCGCGACGCUGGCACCCCGGGCGGCCCGGGAGCCGGAGUGUCCGCGUAGCCCUGCGUGGCAGUGCGCGGGGCCCCGGGCGCGAUCUGGGAGGACUCGAGGACUCCCGCAGUUAGGACGACGGGACGUGAAUGAAGUCAGGGAUUGUGGGUGGCGUUUCCUCGGGCUUACUUCCCUAAACAUUUGUUGGAAUUGCCCCCUUUCUCAGUAUGUUAUCCUGUUGGGUCGAUGUGGAACGUAGUGUUGCGAUGGAAUGUCUCAUCUUGAGGGUCUUGAAGACUUGAGUUUUUAUCUCAGUGCUGUUACAAACAAGUGUAAUUUUAUGAGUUUGCUUAUUUGCGAACGAUUUAUUAGCUAAGUCCUCUUAAUAUUAGCAUAGGCUCUCCUAAUGAAUUUCACUGCAGUGUAUGAAUAUAUCAUUAGUAGUUUGUAUCAAUGGGAUAGGAAUUUUUAGGUGGAAUUGUUUUCUUUUAGAACAGUUUUAGGACAGCUUGCCACAGAAAAUAAUACAACGAAGAUUGAGUUAUGAUAUUUCCCUAGUAUCAUACAGGGGUGCUAUUUACUUUUAGAAGACAUGAGUGGUGCAUACAGAGGGAGAGGUUUUGGACGGGGAAGAUUCCAAAACUGGAAAAGAGGAAGAGGUGGUGGGAACUUCUCAGGAAGCUGGAGAGAAAGAGAACACAGAGCUGACCUCAGUAAAGCUGCAGGGAAGCACACUUCUGAACAAACUUCACAACCUUUACUUCUACAGUCAACGUUGGACCAGUUUAUGCCGUAUAAGGGCUGGAAGCUUUACUUCUCUGAAGUUUACAGUAAUAGCUCUCCUUUUAUUGAGAAGAUUCAAGCAUUUGAGAAGUUUUUCACAAGGCAUAUCGACUUUUAUGAUAAGGAUGAAAUAGAAAGAAAGGGGAGCAUUUUGGUGGAUUUUAAAGAACUGACAAAAGAUGAUGAACUAACUAACUCGAUACCAGAUAUAGAAAAUGCACUAAGAGAUACCCCUGAGAAAACCUUGGCGUGUAUGGGCCUGGCAAUACACCAGGUAUUAACCAAGGAUCUUGAACAGCAUGCCGCAGAAUUACAAGCUCAAGAGGGAUUGUCUAAUGAUGGAGAAACAAUGGUAAAUGUGCCACAUAUUUUUGCAAGAGUGUACAACUAUGAGCCCUUAACACACCUCAAGAACGUCCGGGCAAACUGCUAUGGAAAGUACAUCUCCAUAAGAGGGACCGUGGUUCGUGUCGGGAACAUAAAGCCUCUUUGCACCAAGAUGGCUUUUCGUUGUGCUGCAUGUGGAGAGAUUCAGAGUUUCCCUCUUCCAGAUGGGAAAUACAAUCUUCCUACAAAGUGUCCUGUGCCCGCAUGUCGAGGGAAGUCAUUUGCUCCUUUGCGCAGCUCUCCCCUCACAGUCACAACGGACUGGCAGUUGAUCAAAAUACAGGAGCUGAUGUCUGACGCACAGAGAGAAGCGGGCCGGAUCCCUCGAACAAUAGAGUGUGAACUUGUUCAUGAUCUUGUAGAUAGUUGUGUCCCAGGAGAUACAGUGACUAUUACUGGAAUUGUCAAAGUCUCAAAUACUGAAGAAGGUUCUCGGAAUAAGAAUGAUAAGUGCAUGUUCCUUUUGUACAUUGAAGCAAAUUCUGUUAGCAAUAGCAAAGGACAGACAGCACAGACUGCAGAGGACGGUUCUCAGCAUGGGACGCUGAUGGAGUUCUCACUUAAAGACCUGUAUGCCAUCCAAGAGAUUCAGGCUGAAGAGAACCUGCUGAAGCUCCUAGUCAACUCACUUUGUCCUGUCAUUUUUGGUCAUGAACUUGUUAAAGCAGGUUUGAUGUUAGCACUCUUUGGAGGUAGCCAGAAGUAUGCAGAUGACAAAAACAGGAUUCCCAUUCGAGGAGACCCACACAUCCUGAUUGUUGGAGAUCCAGGCUUGGGAAAGAGUCAGAUGCUGCAGGCAGCAUGCAAUGUGGCGCCUCGUGGUGUGUAUGUCUGUGGAAAUACCACCACCAGCUCUGGGCUGACUGUAACUCUUUCAAAAGACAGUUCCUCUGGAGAUUUUGCUUUGGAAGCUGGUGCCCUGGUACUUGGUGACCAAGGCAUUUGUGGAAUAGACGAGUUUGAUAAGAUGGGGAACCAACAUCAAGCCUUGUUAGAAGCCAUGGAACAGCAGAGUAUUAGCCUUGCUAAAGCUGGUGUGGUUUGCAGCCUCCCUGCAAGAACUUCCAUUAUUGCUGCUGCAAAUCCAGUUGGAGGACACUACAAUAAAGCCAAAACAGUUUCUGAGAAUUUAAAGAUGGGGAGUGCCCUACUGUCCAGAUUCGAUUUGGUCUUUAUCUUGUUAGAUACGCCGAAUGAGCAGCAUGACCACUUACUUUCUGAACACGUGAUCGCAAUCAGAGCUGGGAAGCAGAGAGCCGUCAGCGGUGCCACAGUCGCUCGUGCGCUUAGUCAGGAUUCCAACGCUUCUGUACUGGAAGUGGUUUCUGAGAAGCCACUGUCAGAAAGACUAAAGGUGGCUCCUGGAGAGAAGACAGAUCCGAUUCCACAUCAGCUGUUGAGGAAGUAUGUUGGUUAUGCACGGCGGUACGUCCACCCCAGGCUGUCCACAGAAGCUGCUCAGGCUCUUCAGGACUUCUACCUGGAGCUCCGCAAGCAGAGCCAGCGCAUGAGCAGCUCACCCAUCACCACCAGGCAGCUGGAGUCUUUGAUCCGUCUGACAGAGGCACGAGCAAGGUUAGAGUUGAGAGAGGAAGCAACUAAAGAAGAUGCUGAAGAUAUAAUUGAAAUUAUGAAACAUAGCAUGCUAGGAACUUACUCAGAUGAAUUUGGGAACCUGGAUUUUGAGCGAUCCCAGCACGGCUCUGGAAUGAGCAACAGGUCAACAGCAAAAAGAUUUAUUUCGGCUCUCAACAGCAUUGCUGAAAGAACUUAUAAUAAUAUAUUUCAAUUCCAUCAACUUCGUCAGAUUUCCAAAGAACUAAACAUUCAGGUUGCUGAUUUUGAAAACUUCAUUGGAUCACUGAAUGACCAGGGUUACCUCUUAAAAAAAGGUCCAAAGAUUUACCAGCUUCAAACUAUGUGACAGACUUACCAAGUCAGAGCCACCUGUGGUUUAUUAAUAGCUCAAAAUGAUCUUAAUUACAAAAACUGAAAAUGAAAGUUCUGAAAAAUGACACACAACUCUUGUAACAGAAGAAAGUGUUAGUUAUGAUCAGCUAAGAAGUGGUGAAGUUGUACAUUAAUAAUCCAUAAUUUAUCCAGAAGGCUAAAAGUAAUUUAGUUAUAUUAUUUUAUCUAAAUAACAUAAACAUUAUUUAUACUUGUCAUAAUUUUAUUAGUGUUUCAUAGUUUUGUAUAUCAGGUGUCUAUCAGGCAUUCAGGUAAUACAUAAACAAAUGAGUAUGUGUUCUGGUGAAAGUUUAUUUACAUUAAACUUUGAAAUGUUUAAGUCACAAAUAAAACUAUUUGCUUCUAACCUUUAUGGUUAUGGGCAGUGGAUCUGACUUCUCAUUGGAAGUAGUAGAAAUUUGUUGACUUAAGCAGAAGUCCUUUCUGGAAAAUACUUAUUUACAGAAUCGUAUGAAGGCUGAUGACUGAAACAAAGAAGAAAAUCUUGCAGGAGUAGUUUGUAAAACUAGCCUGCUGCCACGGUGUCUACAGCGCUCCUGCUUCUGCCUCAUGGCUGCCAUUCCUGCACUGAGAACUGCCUCUGCAGAAAGAAGGUGGCAGCAGCAAAGGACGCUCUUCAUCCGGCCUCCUAAGAGAAAGCCGAACAAGGAACGUCGGUUUGAAAAGCUGGAUUACGUUCUGGGGAGUUUCCUGAGGUCUGCUUCAAGGGGGCAGGACCCAUUAAGUCAGAAUCCACCAUAUUUUGUGAGAGGCUUCAAGUGGAACUGGACCUCUGGCUAAAACAUCCUUCAUAUCUAUAACCAACAAACACUUUAGCAUAUAAGCACUCAGGCAUUGUCAGCCACUGAUUGGAAAUAAACUACACUUCCGGGAAACCGGAUGGAUGAAAAAUUGAAAAACAAAAUGUAAGUGGAUUUUUCUGUCCUGCCAGCCAGCACCCAAAUAAAUGACAUGGAGACUUGU